AUGAGGGUAUUUCUUCUGCUACCAAUCCUGCAGUUACCUCUCCAGUGCGUCCUGGCUCAGGAACUCAAGUGCUCGGAGGACAGUCCAGUUGGGAGACAGCGCCUUUAAGUUGGGGCGCGGCAUGUUCAACUGGUGGGAUGCGGCCAGAAGUUGCAUGGACCUGGGAAAGCAGUUGGCUACCAUCGACAGCGAGGUAUCGCAAUACCUCAAUCAGUUGGGUUUUGGUACAGACGAAGCGGUUUGGUUCUCUGGCUUUGGCAUCAAGUCCGGGGCCUGGAUCUCGCUGGCAAACUCCAAGAUCCAGACCUACUUCAAGUGGGCCACCGCUGAACCCAAUGACUUGUACUGUGCGGAAAACUGCCUGGGAAUUAAGGUCAGCAGCGGAAAUUGGUUUAUGCAUGACCUGAGUUGCUUCAAAGAAUACUCAUAUCGAUGCUAUUCAUAAGAAGACUGAGAAUUUCGAGUUUAUUCGGUCAGAUCGGAAUAGAAGUGUUUCUGUAGUUGUAUAGUAGGCUGAAUCAAAAAUUUUUUUUUCGAGAUUCAAACGGGACACACACUAGUUUUGUUACCUUGGA